AUGACCACCGGUUCCGCCAUGGGCUCAAUCAGCAGCUUCACAACCCGUCUCUCGCUGCGAUGGGUCCCUGAGGUCCCAGAGGAGACAACCGACACUAUCGUCCUUUCCGUGGGAGAAUGGUUCCUGGAUCUGCGCAUGGAUAAGAAAUCAGGCGCAAUUGACUGGGCAAUGGCCGGUACGGCAGUCAAGGAGAACCCCAACGAAACACCUGUCAAGGUUUCCUUCACGCGCGAGCUGGACUCGCUCAAUGAAAUUGGCAUCGUUGACGUGGGCAACUUCAGUCCCUUGCCCAACGGUGACGAGCUUGAGAGCGGCGAGAUGCCGCACCCUGAACUCCCCGGUGCGCCGAUGACCGCUUUUGAGGAAGUGUGGCGCGAGUUGCCCUUUAGAGAGGGACCCGAGGGUGCGAAGAAAGGCAUGUCUUGGAUUCUGGAGUCUGAGCAUGGUGAGAUUGCGGAGGGCGCCGAGGUUAGCUUUACGAAGUCUUUCUUAGGAAGGAUCUGGGGAACGUAUUUGGCAUUCCAGCAGACUCAGACUCAUAAGAAGGAGAAGGAUGAGGCCGGAGUUUGGGUUGUGAAGAGGUCUGGGGAGGAGGUUAGUGCUAGGAGAGAGGAGUGGAGUGGUGCUUGGCAGGAUAAGUAUGUGGUUGGUCCUAAGCCUGGUGAUGUGCCCUCUAUGAAGACUGGGUUUGAGGGAGAGGGAGAGGGGGCGUGGAGGAUUCCCGGGGAGAAGGUCGUUAUUCAGGGGCAGUCGUUUGUUGUGAGAGCGUUUGAGGAGAUUUGA